ACUAUUUUGUGAUUCACACUCAUUACUAUUUUUUCUCCAUUUUUCAUUUAAAUAAUAAGGGUACAAUUUUAUUGGAAUUUUUUAAAAAUUUACAUGACCGUUUGAGUAGCUAUAGCUUAGGGUUCAAAUAGAUUAUUGGAGGCGGGACAAUUUAAAAGGCCAACGGCACUCCAGUAGUUUACGGGUCACAUUGAAGAAGAAGAAGAAAACUGGAAGACAAUGGUGGAGAGCCAUAAAAGAGGAAGAGAAGGCCCGACGAUAGGAAUCGAUCUGUGAUAAGGAUGUUGUGCUUAUGGAUGUUGCUCCUUUGUCUCUAGGUAUUGAGUUGUCUGGUGGUGCAAUGUCUGUUGUGAUUCCAAGGAAUACCCCCAUCCCUACAAAGAUGACAAGGCACACUUACGCAACUGUUGUUGACCUUCAAACCAUUGUCGGCAUCUAUGUGUUUGAGGGAGAGAUGCCAAUAGCAAAAGACAACAACUUCCUAGGCAAAUUCUUCUUGGGCAAAUUUUCCCACCACAACAUUCCUCCAGCACCCAAUGGCGGUGCUAAGGUUGAUGUUGAUUUCAACAUCGAUGCCAAUGGCAUAUUGACAGUGUGUGCAGAACUAGUCGGCAGUAACAACAGGAAUCAGAUGACUAUAACCAAUCACAGCGCUAGGUUGUCAAAGACAGAGAUUGAUCGGAUGGUGAAGGAGGCCGAGGAUUACAAGGCUCAAGACGAGAAGCGCAAGAAGACAGCUGUGGCCAAAAACGCUUUAGAGAGUUACAUUUACCACAUGAGGGAAAAUAUGGUUGGGAUGAAGGACAAGAUGAUAGCUUUGAGAGAUGCAAUUGAGAAGACAUGCAAAUGGUUGGAUUGGAAUAACGUUCUCGAUGAUGCUCGAAAGCUUGAGGAGAAGAGGAAAGAGCUAGAGGUCAUAUGUGAGUCUGUCAAAACCUCUGUUAAGCCUGAGAUUAUUGAAGAGGAGGAGAAAGAGAUCAAGGUCAUAUUUGAGGCUGACAAAACAUGUGUAAAGUUUGAGAUUACUUGAACGAACCCAAAAUAACCUACUAAAAAUAGAUCAAACUUGAUCGAACUUGAAAUCUAACUUGACCGACCCAUUAACAUUAGAGUUUUUUGAAGUCAUGUAUUUUUUUUACAGAGUUCGAAAUCAUAUACUCUAAUAUGAAAAAGAAUGUAAUAAAAAUAAAGUUAUGUUUAUUUU